AGGGGGAACAGAUUUUCACGGGAACAGAAAUUCGCACUUCGGAGGCUCUUAUUUGAAACAUUUCUUUCCACAGAAAAUUGUUGUAAAUUUAGAGACUGCAGAGGUUAACCAUUUCUGUCUUCACCCAUAGCGGAACUGGGCAAAAUGAAGCAUUGCGUUCAUAUUUGUCUUUGUUUCGCGGUGCAUUUCAAGAUGGUCUUUUCGAAGGAUGUACCGGCUCUUGGGUCUAAAAAUAGUCCGAGGCUUUUGAUACCAGGUCUUUGUGAUCAGUAUAAAUAUGAAGUUAAUCAGAACCAUAGGGUGUUUUCAUACCGGGAGGAAGAACAGGAGCUUUAUGUCAGAGGCUCAGACAUUGAUAAACUUAAUGCAAAUAACUAUAGCGUCAUAGAGGACCAGUGUAAAAAUGUAAUCACCAUCAUUGAGAAGUUUCAGGACGACAUGUUUGUGUGUGGAACAAACGGACACAAACCAAAGUGCUGGAAACUCUCUCCUGCUGUGAAGAAUCAGACCAAUGAUAUAGAGGAGAAUUAUGAGGGAGCAGGCAUCUCCCCGUUAGUCUACACUCACAACUGUUUAUCGCUCACAGUUGAUGGGGAUUCAUACGCAGCAGCGCCUUUGGACAUUGAGGGAAGCUCUUUGCAGUUCAGGAGAAAAGCUGGCAAGCGGACUAAUGUUUGGAUGUACGACAGCUGGUUAUCAGAGCCUACAUUCAUAUCGGCAUCCUGGGUGAAGCGUAGGGAAGAUCCAGACAAUGAGAAAAUCUACAUCUUUUUCCGCGAAAAGAACUCCGACCACGGCCCAGAUGCCGAUCCCUGGAUUUCUAGGGUGGCCAGAGUUUGUAAGACCGAUGAAGGUGGAUCAAAAAGAUUCUUCCAGAACAUGUGGACGUCCUUCCUAAAGGCGCGCCUCGUCUGUGGGUUUCCUGAUGAGUCAUUGUAUUUCAAUCGUCUCCAGGACAUCUAUGUGAUGCACGCCGAUGACUGGCACCAAACUAGAGUCUACGCACUUUUCACAAGCAGCUGGAACUCAACUGCAGUUUGCAUCUAUUCAAUAGAAAUGAUAGAGAAGAUAUUUGAAAACUCAACUUUCAAAGGCUUUGCUAAUGAAAUCCCUACACCAAGGCCUGGAACUUGUGUUUCAGACAGUAAAAGCCUGCCGCGGGGCACAGUGAACGUAGUGAAGGAUCAUCCUGAAAUGGUUGACUGGGUACAUUCCCUUCAGUCAAAAGCUCCUUUUUAUGUAAGCAACUAUAAUUACACCAAAAUAGUUGUUGACCGGGUUAAAGGAGCAGACCAGCAAGUGUACAACGUUUUGCUCCUUGCUACUGAUACUGGCAAAAUCCAUAAAGUCCUAGAGACUGGGUCAGAGCCUUUCAUCAUAUUGGAAACACAGAUCUCCAACAUUUCAUCUAUACAGGCAAUGAUGCUUGACUCUCAAAAGAAAAAAAUUGUGGUGGGUUUCUCUGAUAAAAUAUCUACAGUGGACCUCCAAAAGUGCGAAAAGUACAACGCCUCUUGUGCUGACUGUGUCCUGGCACGGGACCCUUACUGUGCAUGGACCAAAUCUGGAUGCACACCUUCUGUCCUUGGGGGCAUUCAGAAUAUAAAGGAUGGACAUACAAGUGUUUGCUCACAAAAUAAAGCAGCGAAUGUGUCAGGGGUACUGACCAGGUCCAAAAGGCAGAUAUAUUCACCAAAGAUUUCAGGGACAGUCCAUUCAGUCCCCGAAGGUGUCCCUUUCUAUCUGUCCUGUCCUAUAGAGUCUUAUCAUGCAAAGUACACCUGGAAGCAUGGAAGUCACGAGAGACCUUGCCUGCAAAUGCUUUCUAAUUGUCUGCACCUUAUUCCUUCAAUGGGACCAGAGAACUAUGGGGAAUAUGAAUGUGUCUCCACAGAGAAGGACUAUAGCAAAACUUUGAAAAAAUACCAUCUUAAGCAGCAGCAAGAAAAGCAAGAGAGCAGGUUUGCUGAUUUUAACCUGAAUGAUGCGCCCAUCCUUGCUCCUCAGCUGUUUUGGAUUCUACUCCAGACUGCAGUGCUGUGGGAAAUUCUGAGAUAGUUUCUGCUAACUGACUGGCAUUUCAUAUCAGUUUUCUCAAAAAAUAUCAGACCGUACCAUAGAACUGAAAUUACAGACAGUCAAGAGGCAUUAGCAGACUUAAACAUAAUGUCUUUUUCCAGUAAUAACAUCAAAUUAAGCUAAAAUUACCUUUGAGCACUGUCAUGGGACUCUGCUGUGGCAUGCAUAUCAUUCUACCUUCCAUUGUGGCAGCCUUCAGUAAACAGUUCUCACAGAAAAAAGGACGGUUAUCUCUGUGACAUGUUACUAGGAGGAUGGAAAGCUUGAUAAAUAGAUGGAGAAGGGUUUAAUUUGAAGUAAUGUGCUGAUGGAAGAGCAUAACUAAAAGGCAAAGAAAUGCAUUUCUGGCCCACCUGCCCUUGUACAUGCAGACAUGCACACGCGGGCUACCCACGCUACAUAAGAAAGUUGAAAAUUAUUUGACUUUUGUUGCUAUCGUUUAUAGGGAAAACUGAUGCUUUUACCUGUCUGUGUGUUUAGUCUUUACCAAGGAAACAAGAGCGGAGGAGUAGCUAGAGGCACUGGAGUGAAGCUUUUAGUCAUCCAGUCUUUUUGGUAGAAAGAGUGAGACGACGGAAAACAAAUUAGCAAUAUUAUCAUCCUUAUUUUAUUAUUAAGCUCAUUUUAAUUUAUCAGGUGAUUAAAUCAUCUAUCACCAUUGGUCUCAUAUGGAUCCUGACAAAAAUAAUUAGAUUUCUGAUAAAGUGACUGACAUUAGUUUCCUCUGAAGUGUGGCUUGACUCAACCUUAGAGACAAGGUGAGGACCUCCAACACCUGGAAGAAUUCAGGGUUCUGAUGAAUCGGCUUUGGACAGUAAUUCAGACAACCAGGCAGGAGAGGCCACCAGUAUCUUCUCGGAGGUUUUCCAUGCACAUAAGCAGCUCUGAGGCAGAACCAGAACUCUUUGAAGGCACUAAAUAUCCCUUCUAGCUUGAGAAGACUUUGGAAUGUCUGAAAAUUCUACAAGGAUUUGCUACCUCUUUGACACAAAGGGCAGUAAAAGAAUGGAUGGUGUUACACAUUCGCUUAAACACAUGAAACGUUUUUGUUUCCUUCAAAAAAGGCAAAUGCUAAAUAAUAGAUUUUCUUUCUUUCACACAUUGUAAGGUCAAAGCCUUGGAAUAAUCUUUAAUAAUGAAAAAUGCCCAUUCUUGUAAACCUGAUUCAGGUUAAUUUUCGAAUAGCAUAUGGAGAAUAUCUAGAGUUGGGUAUCAGUUGUAAGGUCUUUGAGAAUUAACUGUUUGGCAAGGAGACAAAAUUGGAUAGAAAAUACUGACUUGGCUUGAAUAUAUACAGAUAAAGGAUAUUUGAUCUUUUAGGCUAAUCAUCGAUCAGAGCUGCAAGGAAGGAAGAAAAGAACACAGCAUAGAUGAAUCAUGGAUGUUGUGAAAGUGGAAAUGUUUGAGACAGAGGGAGUUGCUGAAAGAAAACCGUGCCUUAAAGGGUUGAGCCCAGCACAGUGUUCUAUGUUUAAAAUGUCAGCUGUUUUGGUGGUUCUGUGCUUGUUUUGUGGAUGAGAUUGGCAAAGAAUCUGUGCAGUUCAGACCCUACAAAGCAGCUGAACAAGCAAGUCCACCUCUUUCCCGAUGAGGUGUUUUUGCCCUUAUGGACUCGACUGAACCCCUUGAUAGCUGAGUUCAGUAGAACUGGAGCCACUGCAGCUAAGGCGUUUCUUUUUUUGCUUACUUUGAGCUGGAACAUGUGGUGAUGAAGCAAGAAAACAGCACACCCAGUGAUUUUUUCAUUGAAGUGAGAGAAGCGAAAGGGAGUUGCAGGAGGCAUUUGUUUCCGUUUAUGGUUUAGUUUUUACCGUCACUGUCUUGUUUCUAGAACAGAAUGUUUUCACUGUGAGCUUUACCUGCAGAAACAACACAAGUUGGAAUAGUUUAUCUGCCUUUUUAGGUCUUGUGUGUGGCCUUAAGGCAAAUAAAACUUGAAGUUAUUGUGCCAAGAAAGGCAGAGCUCUUCCUGGGCAAGGCUCUUUCCUUGGCACAGAAAAAAAGUAUAUUUGUGUUGUAUCUGUAUGGUUAGGUGUGGAUUAAGGGAAGUUAGAUUAUUUAACUUGCUUUCAUAAUUCCUUUCAGUGGUCAGUGAGAAAUGUGCAGUCAAGAGAGAAAAUAAAACAGCUGUAGGUCACAUGAAGCGUAUCUUUAACUGAAAGUCACUUUUUCAUAGCAUGAACCUAAUAUUGCACUAUAUUAGUGUUAUUUAAAGCAAUAUUCUAUAUUUUCUUACAUUUUUCAUUAAAAAGGCAAUACAAUGUUGAACAACUGAAACUCUGGGAAAACUAAAUUUGUAAACUAAAUUUUUGGAGCAAAAUGCAUGCUCAGGAUAACACCGGAAAAGGAAGUUGUUCAACAGCUAAUGACUGGAAAAAACGAAGGAGAUGAUCAUUGAUAUGAUCAUUGACUGAGUCAGGUCACAACAUGAAGAGGUUGUCACCUGAGUCCACACUACUUGGUAUCAUCUCCUCCAGCAGCAAUAUGGCAGAUGAGAAUCCUCUGUCGAAAAUAGUGAAGGGAGCUAUGAAGGUUGCUGUAGUGUCCAAUCCCUGUGUUCAUAAUCGUUUUGCAGCAACAGAACGUUGAAUAGUGUCAGAGAUUCCUCCCAUCUUCUGUAUGAUUUUUUUUUUAAACUGCUGCAUGGCAAACUACCACAGCAUCAAAAACAGAAAGCCCUUGACUGCUGCAUAGUUUUCUGUCUCCAGUUGAUAAAAGUCUGAACCGCCAUUUUGAUUAAGCACUUUACAUGAUUCUAUUUAUUCUUAUAUCUUUUAUCUGCUUUGUUUCUAUCUGUCUUCUGUUUGUAUUUGAUUAUUUUCAUAGUGUUCCUAGAUAAUUUACUACAGUUAUCAUCUAAGCUAACUUCGGUGGGAAAUGUGUUUGUGUGAACUCCCUUAGCCAGAGAAAUGUAUGGAUGGGAAUUCUGGACAAGGUGUAGCCACAACACUGGUCACAUGUGGUCUAAGGUCCAGAAUUGGGUAAGCAUGGAAAUUAUAGACCAAGUUUAGCACAAGAAUAGACUGACUUGAUUUUGGUUCCUCAAACAUUCAAGAGUGCAUUGACCUGUUUGAAAAUGUCACAUUCCAAAGAGAAUAAUGUUAACUUUUAGAUUAUUGGUGACCCAAAAAAAACAUUCAUAAAUUGACAUCAUGAAUGGAUCUAACAGCAGAAUAUUAACAUCUUUUUGCCUGAGCUAAGUUGCUGAUGUAUGUGACCUUUGACUUUAAAAAAAAUCUGUACUCACCAGAUUUAAUAAAACAUAAAUGUGUUCAUUUUCUGUA